AUACGAGACCUACAAGGCCACCCUGAAGAAGAUCCCCGCCACGCGCCUCUCGCGCUUGACCGAGGCGCUGGCCAACUACGACCCCGUGCUCAACGAGUACUUCUUCGACCGGCACCCCGGGGUCUUCGCGCAAGUCCUCAACUAUUACAGGCAUGGAUCAUUGUGCAUAGGGUCUAAGCAUAGGUCUUAUACUAUCAACUACGACCCCGUGCUCAACGAGUACUUCUUCGACCGGCACCCCGGGGUCUUCGCGCAGGUCCUCAACUAUUACAGGUCUGUACCUGAUCCUGCUGUCUCCACGUAUGGAUUGUGCUUGGGGUCUAAGCGUGGGUCUUAUACUAUCAACUACGACCCCGUGCUCAACGAGUACUUCUUCGACCGGCACCCCGGGGUCUUCGCGCAGGUCCUCAACUAUUACAGGACCGGUAAACUCCACUACCCCACAAAUGUGUGCGGGCCACUCUUCGAGGAGGAGCUGGAGUUCUGGGGGCUGGACUCCAACCAGGUGGAGCCUUGCUGCUGGUCCACCUACAGCAUACACAGAGACACUCAGAAUACCCUGGCCAUCCUGGACAAGUUGGACAUCGACAGCGAGAAGCCCUCGGAGGAUGAGAUCGCAAGGCUCUUCGGUUACGAGGAGGCGUACCUGGCCGGAGAGUUGGGCGUCUGGCAGAGGCUCAAGCCCCGAGUCUGGGCGCUUUUCGACGAGCCUUCUAGUUCACCACCAGCCAAGGUGAUAUCAGCUAUAUCGGUCUUCUUCAUAUGCGUGUCAGUGCUCUCCUUCUGCCUGAAGACCCACCCUGACCUUCGGGUGGUGUACCCAGCCACCUUCAACUCCUCAGAGCCGGAGAACACGUCUGUCCUGGUGCUGAGACCGUGGCAUGACAACGGGCAACCCCACGUGGCGUUCUUUUACAUUGAGCUGGUGUGCAACGUGUGGUUCACUAUUGAACUGCUGGUGCGGUCUGUGGUAGCCCCCAACAUAAUAGAGUUUGUGAAAUCGCCAGUGAACAUUAUAGACUUUAUAGCGACACUUAGUUUUUACAUGGACGUAGUGGUAGAACUGACUGUGGUGCGGCAAUAUGUCGAUAAGGCGGACAUACUGGAGUUCAUAUCGAUAAUAAAGAUCCUGAGGCUCUUCAAGCUGACCAGGCACAGCCCUGGCUUGAAGAUCCUGGUGCACACCUUCAAGGCGUCAGCUAAGGAGCUGACGCUGCUGGUGUUUUUCUUGGUGCUAGGUAUCGUGAUUUUCGCGAGUUUGGUGUACUACGCGGAGAAGUCGCAGGACAACCCAGAUAACCAGUUCAAGUCGAUCCCCCUCGGCCUAUGGUGGGCCAUCGUCACGAUGACCACCGUCGGCUACGGGGACAUGGCUCCCAAGACAUACCUGGGCAUGUUCGUCGGAGCCCUAUGCGCGUUGGCAGGCGUGCUCACCAUCGCGCUACCCGUGCCUGUCAUCGUGUCAAACUUCUCGAUGUUCUACUCUCACACGCAGGUCAGUGGUAGAUUAACGCCUAUAUAA